AUGAAGGAUUACCUGCACAUCUCUUCAAGCAUGAGUGUGGCUGGAGAAAGAGACAGACACAGUGGAAUUAAGAAGCGGAGCAAGCGAUACCCACACUCCAAAGAAAGAGCAAAGUCCUCUGCUGCUGGGUACCAAGAGGGCAAGUCUGGCGGUGUGCGACCCAGCAAGCCUCCCACCCCUCAGCCCCCUCUAGUUCACCAGCCUGGCAUCUGGGUGCGGUUCGAGGACCCGGUCAUCCGCCUUCUCACGCAUCCCUGGAAGUCUCAUGGAGACAUUCUGCGAGAGCGUUCGCUGGAGGAAGAAGCCGUUCCUCUGACCGGUCGACACUUGCUGGAGUUCCAGAGUUCUCAGGAGUCGAUCGAUCGGGAACACGGAGCGAGAAGAGGAGCUGGAGAAGGAGAGUCGCCAGUGGCUGUGCUGAAGGGCGUUCCCCACUACUGGUUGCCUAGUAAUUGUGUGUGUUCUGUGUUCAGGAAUGAGAGCGACGUGUUCAGUGUUCUGCAGGACAUCGACCGGUACUUCUCCUCUCCGGACUGCAGACAGUUCAACCGCUCCGAGUCGCUCAGGCUGGCGGAUGAGCUGCGCGGAUGGGUGAACCGACACCAGAACAACCGGAAGUCUGAUGGAAAGACCAAAGCAGUGAAGAAGACUAAAAUAGCUCAGCAGAAAGCUCAGCACAGAAAGACUAACUUCUCCAGGUACCUUCCAAUCCAGGCUCAUCGGUCCAUCGAAAGUCAGCUGCAGGUUCUGCCGGGGCCGGAGAUCAGUUACAGCGACUUCAUGGAUGCCAUCGACCGGCGCGAGGACACCUUCUACGUUGUGUCUUUCAGACGGGAUCACCUGCUGUUACCCGCCAUCAGCCACAAUAAAACCUCUCGACCCAAGAUGUCUCUGGUCAUGCCUGCCAUGGCCAUCAACGAUUCGGUGUAUAACUCGUCAAAAGGCGGCUAUGAGAUGAUGAUGCAGGUGGACUGUGAGGUGAUGGACACCAGGAUCAUCCCAAUCAAGUCCUCUGUAGUACCGCCCUCUCUCAGAGACCCGCCCCCGGCCCCACCCCCUCACCACCAUCACCACGGCAACCACACGUCUCUCCGCAGCCGCACCCAGCAACCGCACGGCAGGCGGAGGGGAUCGGGAUACUUGAUCAGCGGAUCCGUGUGAGACUCGACGUUCCCACAUCAGACUCGUCAUUCCCGCAUUAGACUCAACGUUCCCCGCGUCAGACUCGACGUUCCCGCAUCAGACUCAACGUUCCCCGCAUCAGACUCAACGUUCUCCGCUUUCAGACUCGACGUUGCCGCAUCACACUCGGCGUUCCUGCAUCAGACUCGUCAUUCCCGCAUCAGACUCGAAGUUCCCACAUCAGACUCGUCAUUCCUGCAUCAGACUCGAUGUUUCCUGCGUCAGACUCGACGUUCCCGCGUCAGACUCGACGUUCCCGCGUUAGACUAGACGUUCCCGCGUCAGACUCGUCGUUCCCGAGUCAGACUCGUCAUUUCCGCCUCAGACUCGAUGUUCCCACAUCAGACUCGUCAUUCCCGCAGCAGACUCGAUGUUCCAGCGCCAGACUUGUCAUUCCCGCAUCAGACUCGAUGUUCCCACAUCAGACUCAUCAUUCCCGCGCCAGACUUGACGUUCCCCGCGUCAGACUCAUCAUUCCCGCAUCAGACUCGAUGUUCCCACAUCAGACUCGUCAUUCCCGCUCCAGACUCGACGUUCCCGCGUCAGACUCAUCAUUCCCGCAUCAGACUCGAUGUUCCCCGCAUGAGACUCGCCGUUCCCCCGCCAGACUCGACGUUCCCCACGUCAGACUCGUCAUUCCCGCAUCAGACUCGACGUUCCCGCGUCAGACUCGACGUUCCCACAUCAGACGCAACGUUGCCCCGUCAGACUCAACGUUCCCGCUUCUCUUCUCCUUCUUGUUUGAGUUCCUGUAUGCAGUGCAUCACCUGCUGUCUUUUUAUACGUGUUUUUUUUUUUUUGUUUUUGUUUUUUUUACAGAUUUUUAUUAAGAUUAUUUAAAAAAUAAUGUGCUUCUUCUAGAGGUGUGUGAUAUAAAUAUUUGAGUAUGAGAAAUAAUCCGUCACAGUCACUUGUGUCAAUAUGUAUGUUCUCUCAUGGUGACUUUUUCAGGACCUUUGCUGAAUAUUUUGUCCAUUCUCGUUGUUUCUGACUCUAAACCUGAUGACAAAGCUUGUAGUAGUUGAUGUCAAUAAUAUCAGAUUUUAGGAUAAUACAGAAUCUUCUGCCUUGUUUUCAUUUGCAGACAUGCUUCUGCUUUUGCUCCUAACCACUACCAUGAUCCAGUAAUACCUGUAAUAUUUCAGCCUGUGCUGCUGCUGAGAUCAUGAUUCAUUUCACAGAAGUUAUUGUUGGAAAGACUUGAAAAUCCAACAUGGAUCUGUUUACCAAUCAAAAUGAUUUAUUCGUGAAUGAGUUUGAUUGACAGGUGCAGGGAGAGUUCGUUUUUCGAUCCACCAGCAGUCCAAUGGUUAAUCUCUCUCUCUCUCUCUCUCUCUCUCUCUCUCUCUCUCUCUCUCUCUGUUAAACUCUCUCUCUCUGUGUUAAACUCUCUCUGUUCACUGUUUGUUCACUAAGUAAAGGGAACAGAGCGUGAGGUGCGAUGUACAUUUUCUUUCUGUGAAUUUGUUUAUCUUCUUAUCGAAGGUAUUUUUUCUUGUUUGAUCUUCGUCUGAUCUUCAUGGCUUCUUUUCAUGUGUAUCUCAAUUCAUCUUAGGAUGAUGAUUUAUAUGUCAGAAACUUUCCCAUCAUGCACUGCUCUAGCAUGCUUCGGUUAUCUGUGAAGGAAGGAUGAUUUGUGUAAAUUUAAAUCUGCUUUUUUACUUUUUUAUUUAAAUGAGCUUUCACAAGGAAAACGCUGUACAUUUUCUCUCCUGUCUGUAUGAGAGUUUUAAACUACUGUCUUCAUUUGUAGAGGAGAAAAUAAAUUUGAUAAAUACUAA